CGUCUUCUUUCCUCCUUUAGCUUAAUUUCUCCGUCACUUCCCUACUGUUCUUAUACUCUUUCACUUGCUAUACUGUGAAAUAAUGUCUUCAAGCAUGUCCACCAUUUUUUAGACGAGAAUAACAAGAAAAGAGUCUUGUAAUGUUGAAGAAUGGAAACUGUUCAUUGUUCAUCAAUCCCCAGAUGGCAAACUUUUCAUUUUCAGUUUCUUUGAAAAGUUUUUUGGGUUUUAGUUACUUUAUCUGAAUGAAUCAACAGAUAAACAAAGUGGAGGGAAUUGGGUUUCAUGAAAUGUACUUUGUAUGGCUCCCCUGUCUCUGUAUAGUGCUCCUUCCAGAUUUAAGGUCACGUGUUUGACUUCCCCCUAAAAAGGGGGAUAGCCUCUUUGGAGCCAGCUUUCAUGCCCAAGUUGAUGUAGAUAUUUAUAUCUUUUGUUCACAUGAUACCUGGUUAAAGAAACUAUUGACGGCCCUUUUCCUUCUUGUGGUUUUGAGAUUAUGCCUUGUCAAUUUCAGUUGAUAUGGUGUCUCACACCUACAAAUAUUUGAAUUUUUGGCCUGAUAUGUGCACAUCUCUGACCUUCUUGUGUCACAGAUAGAAUUCAGUGAUUGAAAUCAUAGCUGUACUUACCACAAGAACGCAAUGGGGUAUGGUAAUUCAAGAAGUGUAAGGUUUAAAGAUGAUCUUGAAUUAGCCAAGCUCCCAACAGUCAAUGGAGAUGGUGUAGUUAAGCUUGCAUACAACAUUGAUGGAACACAAAUAUCAGAGUCUAGUUCUAAGAAAUCUGAAAAGGAGGUGCCUGGGAAGACUGGAAGAUCAUUGAAAGCUAAAGUAUUGUCUAGAGUUUUCUCUGAGGACUAUGAGAGAGUGAAGAAGAAGAUAUUGGACCCUCGAGGACCAACAGUUCACAGAUGGACUAAGAUUUUUUUAGUAGCUUGCUUAGUUUCACUCUUUGUAGACCCUCUAUUCUUUCACUUGCCAAUAGUCUCAAAAGAAGCUUGCAUACAUAUCGGAAUACCCCUUGAAAUUGCCCUUACAAUUAUUAGAACUAUAGCUGAUAUCUUUUAUGUGAUUCAGAUUUUCAUUCGUUUUCGAACUGCUUAUGUUGCGCCUUCCUCCCGUGUUUUUGGGAGAGGGGAGCUUGUCAUAGAUUCUAAAAAAAUUGCAAUAAGGUACCUAAAACAGCAGUUCUUGAUUGAUCUUGUUGCUGUCCUGCCUCUCCCCCAGGUGUUGAUUUGGUUUGUUAUCCCCCAUCUUGGUGGCUCAACAAUGGCAAAUACUAAAAAUGUCCUUAGGUUCAUCAUCAUUUUUCAGUACCUCCCAAGACUUUUUCUUAUCUUUCCACUUUCAUCAAGAAUUAUUAAGGCCAAUGGUGUUGUGACUGAAACAGCAUGGGCAGGAGCUGCUUAUAACCUAAUGCUAUACAUGCUGGCAAGCCAUGUUUUAGGAGCUUGCUGGUAUCUUCUAUCAAUUGAGAGGCAAGAAGCAUGCUGGAGAAGUGUUUGUAAUCUAGAGAAGCCUUCUUGCCAAUAUGAAUAUUUUGAUUGCCGCCAGAUGCAUGACCCUUUUAGGGAAUCCUGGUUCAAAACAAGCAAUGUGACAAAUCUUUGUAAUCCAGAUAUUGAUUACUAUCAAUUCGGUAUAUUUGGUGAUGCUUUGACAUAUGGCGUUACUAUUUCAACAUUCUUCGACAAAUAUUUCUACUGUCUUUGGUGGGGCUUAAAGAACCUGAGUUCAUUGGGACAAAAUCUUUCGACAAGUACUUACGUAGGUGAAAUAAGUUUUGCCAUCAUAGUUGCAAUACUUGGUCUCGUUCUGUUCGCGUUGCUCAUCGGGAACAUGCAAAGAUACUUGCAAUCAACAACUGUUCGUUUAGAAGAGUGGAGAAUAAAGAGAACUGAUACAGAACAAUGGAUGCAUCACAGGCAGCUGCCACCAGAGCUAAAACAGUCCGUUCGGAAAUAUGAUCAGUACGAGUGGGUGGCCACCAGAGGAGUUGAUGAAGAAGCUCUUCUCAAAGGUCUUCCUAUGGAUCUCCGAAGAGACAUCAAACGCCACCUUUGUCUUGAUUUAGUUCGACGAGUUCCAUUAUUUGAUCAAAUGGAUGAAAGGAUGCUGGAUGCUAUAUGUGAGAGGCUGAAACCUGCGUUGUCUACUGAAGGCACAUUUCUUGUCCGUGAAGGUGACCUUGUCAAUGAGAUGCUUUUCAUAAUCCGUGGUAAUCUUGAUUCUUACACCACCAAUGGUGGUCGUACUGGAUUUUUCAAUUCUUGCCGUAUUGGUCCUGGUGAUUUUUGUGGUGAGGAAUUGCUGACAUGGGCUUUAGAUCCAAGGCCAUGUAUCAUCCUUCCAUCAUCUACUCGCACUGUCAAGGCCAUUUCAGAAGUUGAGGCAUUUGCACUGAGAGCAGAAGACUUGAAGUUCGUAGCAUCACAAUUUAGAAGACUACACAGCAAGCAACUGAGACAGAAAUUCAGGUUCUACUCUCAUCAAUGGAGAGCAUGGGCUGCAUGUUUCAUACAAGCAGCAUGGCGCCGGUAUAAGAAACGAAAGGAAGCAGCUGAACUCAGAGCUAGAGAAAACCCCACAGCAGCUAAUCCUGAACCUACUUCAGCAGGCACAGGCUUAGCUAUGCGUGCUGCAAGGCUAGCAGCAAGCACUAGAAGGGGUGUAAUUAAGUAUUCUGGGUCAGAUAAAAGCGUUGUGAGCUCACUGCAGAAGCCAGCAGAACCAGACUUUUCGGUAGAUGAGGACUGAGUUACAGAACUUCUGAAAUCAGCGUCAAGCUUGUCUGUACAAAUUAGCAGUUUGUGUACAUUAAUUUAUUAUUUUAGUGAAACUAUGAGGAUUGCUUCAAUUCUAUUUGUUCUAUUAUGUCCAUAAACAUAUGGGAUAUUAGUUAGGGGAUCUUGUUAGAAGUUGAAGUUUACUGUCAGGUUUCCAGAAGAACAGAAGGAACACAUUUAACUGGAUAUAUUUGUUUGAAUAUUUGUAGAAGUUUGAUGCAAGUACUGGUGAACGAAAACCCAAAUGGAGCAGGCAGUCUGGUUUUGAUUUUAACAUCAAACCCAUUAUUGUU